AUCGAAGACCCUACUCAAAUGUGACACAUCUCAGAGAACCCUAACUCUCUCUCUCUCUCUCUCUCUAGAGCUUUCUAUACACACCAUCAUGGCAUAUUGAUGGCAUAUUGGUUAGAUGAUCAGUACGGUCAUCACCGCAGAAUUCUCCACCUUCAACCAAGAAGUUGACGAAUUUUUUACAAAGUUUUGGUCUUUUAGGAGAUAUUGAGGCAAAGAUUAGCUGAUUGGUAAAGAUAUUGUACAGCUUGUCAGUGGUGGAGAAGCAAAUAGCGGGUUGGUGUCGGUUUAUUAGUGUCGAUGGCAGAGCUGGUUGGGCCGAGAUUGUACAGUUGCUGUAAUUGUCGAACUCAUGUCGCCCUUCAUGAUGAUGUCAUUUCUAAAUCCUUUCAGGGGAAAAAUGGUCGAGCAUUUCUGUUCUCCCACACGAUGAACAUUAUGGUUGGACGCAAAGAGGACAGGCAGCUCAUGACUGGUCUCCACACCGUUGCCGAUAUUUACUGCCUCGAUUGCCGUGAGGUGCUUGGUUGGAAGUAUGAACGAGCCUAUGAGGAGACACAGAAGUACAAGGAAGGGAAGUUCAUCCUUGAGAAGUCAAAAAUAGUCAAGGAAAACUGGUAGUACCCACGAAAGUUUCAGUUCAAGUGAAUGAAUGCUUCUCUCUGUUCAUCUUGUCCAAAGAUUUCUCAUCCAUUGAAAAUAUUGAUUAUUGUUCCUUUCUGGGCAUUCUACUUCUGUUUUCUCUGUGGAUAAUGUAUUGGAGGUUAUUGAUUUGUUAAUAAUAUGUAAAUAAUUCUCUCCA